GACGUCUUCCUCCCGAGUUUAUUUUAUCAUUAUCGCAACCAAACUCUAAUCAUACCACCCCCACCCACAAAAUCCCAAUACAAAUACCACCCAACAAAUAGAUAGCGAGAAAGAAAAGAGAGGAGAAGAAGAAGAGAAGAAGCCCAACCAACGCCAAAAAGCUACUGCUGCUUGCACAGGAGAGAGCAGAGAGAGAGAGAAGAGGCGAGGCGGCGGCGGCGGCGGCUUCGCUCAUGCAGGGCGAGUACCGCUCCUCCAGCGAGGACUCGGCUGCCUCGGCUGCUGCCGCGGCGGCGGCGGCUAUGGCUCCUCUGGCCGCUGCUGCCGCGGCGGUCGCUGCCAAGGAGGAGCACGCGGCGGCGGCGGCGGCGGCGGCGCUGCCGUUGCAGCAGCAGCAGCCGCGGCGGCAGUACCGUGGCGUGCGGAUGCGCAAGUGGGGCAAGUGGGUGGCGGAGAUCCGGGAGCCGCACAAGCGGACGCGCAUCUGGCUGGGGUCGUACGCGACGCCCGUGGCGGCGGCGCGCGCCUACGACACGGCGGUGUUCUACCUGCGCGGGCGGUCGGCGCGGCUCAACUUCCCCGAGGAGAUCUCCUCGCUGGCGUCCCUGUCCGAGGGCGGUGGCGCCGGCGAGCCGCGGGAGCCCGACGGCGGCACGCUCUCCGCGGCCUCGAUCCGGAAGAAGGCCAUCGAGGUCGGUUCGCGCGUCGACGCGCUCCAGACCGGCAUGAUGGUCGCGCCGACCCAUCACCGCGAGCGGCAGAAGCAUCACCAACACCACCACCACCACCCGCAGCUGCAGCCGCCCGGCGAGGAGCAACACCACGAGCAGAAGCAGCAGCGGACGGCAUGGAGCGGGCGGGCCAAGAACCCGGAUCUAAACCAGGCGCCGAGCCCGGAGAGCUCCGACGCCGAGUAGAAGCCAACAGAACCACGGCGGCAAGAUCAAAGCCGGCUUCACUUCCAACUCAGCAACGAGAGCAACAUGCAGCCAGCGUAUGAUCACCUCCACGCAACCCACGCUUGCAGCACACCCCAACCCACCUACCUAUUCGUCCACUCCCCCAUCUCCACCGGCGGCAGCUUCGUGGCGAGAUUUUUCGAUGCGGUUUUGGAUAAGAACAAAGGAAGAGAGGAGGAUGCGUCGGGAGGAGGGCGGUGGAGACGGGGAGGAGGAGGACGCCACAAGUGGCGGUCUUUCCAAAUGUCAAAAAAGACAGCUGUAACAGUGAUAAAACAAGUCAUCAUCUCUGUGUUUUUUUUCU